AUGCCGGAGCCCGGGCCGGACGCCCCUGGCACCGCUAGCGCGCAGCCCCCGCCGCCGCCGCCCCCACCUCCCGCGCCCAAGGAGUCCCCGUUCUCCAUCAAGAACCUGCUCAACGGAGACCACCACCGGCCGACCCCUAAGCCGCAGCCGCCCCCACGGACGCUCUUCGCGCCGGCCUCCGCCGCCGCAGCCGCCGCCGCUGCCGCAGCCGCUGCGGCCAAGGGGGCUCUGGAGGGCGCCGCGGGCUUCGCGCUCUCGCAGGUGGGCGACCUGGCUUUCCCCCGCUUUGAGAUCCCGGCGCAGAGGUUUGCCCUGCCCGCGCACUACCUGGAGCGCUCCCCGGCCUGGUGGUACCCCUACACCCUGACCCCCGCCGGCGGCCACCUCUCGCGACCUGAAGCUUCGGAGAAGGCGCUCCUGCGAGACUCCUCCCCCGCCUCGGGAACCGAUCGCGACUCCCCCGAGCCACUGCUCAAAGCCGACCCCGACCACAAAGAGCUGGACUCCAAGAGCCCGGACGAGAUCAUUUUGGAGGAGAGCGACUCGGAGGAAGGCAAGAAGGAGGGCGAGGCAGCGGCGGGAGUAGCCGGGGCGAGCGUGGGGGCGGCGGCGGCGACGCCGGGCGCCGAGGACUGGAAGAAGGGCGCCGAAAGCCCGGAGAAGAAGCCCGCGUGCCGCAAAAAGAAGACGCGCACGGUCUUCUCGCGCAGCCAGGUCUUCCAGCUCGAGUCCACUUUCGACAUGAAGCGCUACCUGAGCAGCUCGGAGCGCGCCGGCCUGGCCGCGUCGCUGCACCUCACCGAGACGCAGGUCAAGAUCUGGUUCCAGAACCGCCGCAACAAGUGGAAGCGGCAGCUGGCGGCCGAGCUGGAGGCGGCCAACCUGAGUCACGCCGCGGCGCAGCGCAUCGUGCGGGUGCCCAUCCUCUACCACGAGAACUCGGCGGCCGAGGGCGCCGCGGCCGCGGCCGCGGGGGCCCCGGUGCCUGUCAGCCAGCCGCUGCUCACCUUCCCGCACCCCGUUUACUACUCGCACCCGGUGGUCUCUUCUGUGCCGCUGCUACGGCCGGUCUGA